CCGCCCGAGGACGCGCCGGAGCCCGGCGGCGCGACGGCCGCCUACGUCUUCGAGAGCCGCUUCGAGUCGGGCAACCUGCUCCACGCCGCCCCGUACCCGGACGCGGAGUUCGACUGCGCGAUGUGCCCGGACGUGGGCACGGGCGGCCACACGCAGUGGUUCUACUUCCGCGUCGACGGGUUGCGGAAGGGCGUGCGCUACCGCUUCAACGUGACGAACUUCGCCAAGGCCGACAGCCUGUAUCUCGAGGGCAUGCAGCCCCUCGUCUACGGCGUCGGGGCCGCGAAGUCGGGCGUCGGCUGGCGCCGCGCGGGCAAGGUCGUCUGCUACUCGAAGAACACGGCCGAGGCGCACCGCCAGCAGCCGAACGCGUGGCGCAAGGAGGAGAAGCGGCGGCAGCGCGGGCGGCGGGGGACGCACACGCUGAGCUUCGACCUCACGCUCGACGACGACGAGCCGAGCCUCUACCUCGCCUACUCGCACCCCUACACGUACACGGACCUCCAGGCGUUCCUCGCGACGCUCGCGGCGGACCCGGCGCGGUCCGCGACGUACACGCGGCGGUCCCUCUGCGACACCGUCGCGGGCAACCGCUGCGACCUGCUGACGAUCACGGCGCCGCCGGCGGCGUCGGCGCCCGCGGAGGCGCCGCCGCCCCGGGGCGCCGGCGACGACCGGCGGCGGGCCGACGGCGACCGGGAGGGCGAGUCGCGGCAGCGGCGCCUCGUCGUGUUGAGCUCGCGGGUGCACCCGGGCGAGUCGAACGCGUCCUGGGUCAUGCAGGGCAUCCUCGACUUUUUGACGUCCGACGACGCGCGCGCCGUCGCGCUCCGGCGGCACUUCGUGUUCAAGAUCUGCCCCAUGCUGAACCCCGACGGCGUCAUCCAGGGCAACUACCGCUGCAGCAACAGCGGCAUGGACCUGAACCGCCAGUGGUCCGCGCCGAGCCGCGAGGCGCACCCGCCCGUGGCCGCGCUCAAGCACCUCAUCCGCAUGUAUCAAACGCGCGACGCGCACCGCGUCGCGCUCUUCUGCGAUUUGCACGGCCACAGCCGGGCCAAGGGCGUCUUCCUCUACGGCAUCCUCUCGGACGCGGACCGCUACGGCCUCCGGGCGCGGCGCCGGGGCUGGCGCCGAAAGCUCCGGCCCGGCGACCCGCGCGCGUUCCCGCUCGUGCUCGCCAAGGCGGCCUACGGCAUGUUCACGAAGAAGAAGACGACGUUUCGGUUGGGCCGGGGCAAGGCGGGCACGGCGCGCGCCGUCGUCUGCCGCGAGCUCGGCGUGCGCCGGUCGUACACGCUCGAAGUGUCGUUCAUGGGCGGCGUCGCGGGCCGCCACCGCGACGCGCAGUUCACGACGCGGGACCUGCUGGACCUCGGCGGCCAGUGGUGCGCGGCCCUCGUCGACUUC